AUGGCAUUGGAUAAAAUCGCAUACAAACUAUUGAGAUCUUCAUACUUUCCGGCCCAUAGAUUGUUUUCCGCUGUGGUCAAGUCCAUCAAAUGUAUAAUAACACUUCUAUACGUGACAGCGUCAUUAGGUACGGGAUUAAUGAAUGGUAUCGGGCACACCUUUGUUAGAAGUUCAUCAAAUAGCCGCGUUCCAGCACGAAUUAAUUCUGUACGAGAUAUUUGGCGUAGAUCAGGUCCUAGCACGUUUAUAAAUCAGAGCAAGAUAGCAACGGGAGAAAAUUCUACAUUAUCUUCCAUAAAUACCAACGAUACCAACAUUAAUAAUAGUUCAGAAAAUAAAAAUGCAAAAGAACAUAAUUUUCAAAGGAAUGGACAAUUAUCUUGGGAUCCAACUGACGAUCAAAUCUUUUCAGAAGAUGAAAAAACGAUAAUAGCUGUUGGUCAUUCAUGUGUAAAAUCAAUUGUUCCUCUUGAACUUUUACGAUCUGUUUAUUUACCCAUGAAAUUACAUGAUAGACUUCUUGAUUCAAAUAAUAUGACCAUAUUUUAUCUUCAACAAAAAUCAUUCCUUCCAGUUAAAUCAUUAUCACAAAAAGAAAAGAAAAGAAUAUUAGUAACAGGGGGAGCAGGAUUUGUGGGUUCACAUUUAGUUGAUAGAUUAAUGUUAAUGGGACAUGAAGUUAUUGUACUUGAUAAUUUCUUUACAGGUCGUAAAAAUAAUGUUAGUCAUUGGAUAAGUCAUCCAAACUUUGAAUUAAUUCGUCAUGAUGUCGUUGAUCCAUUCUUAAUUGAAGUUGAUCAAAUUUAUCAUUUGGCAUGUCCCGCUUCACCACCUCAUUAUCAAUAUAAUCCUAUUAAAACUGUUAAAACUAGUGUAAUGGGAACAAUUAAUAUGCUUGGUUUGGCUAAACGCGUCAAGGCUCAGGUCUACGGUGACCCAGAAGAACAUCCUCAAGCAGAAACAUAUUGGGGCAACGUAAAUCCUAUUGGACCAAGAGCAUGUUACGACGAAGGAAAACGAGUAGCAGAAACAUUAACUUAUGCGUAUAUGCAUCAAGAUGAUGUUGAUGUUAGGGUUGCUCGUAUCUUUAACACAUUUGGUCCUCGUAUGAACGAAAAUGAUGGUCGAGUAGUAAGCAAUUUUAUUAUGCAAGCAUUGAAAGGAGAAGAUCUCACAAUUUAUGGGGAUGGAUAUCAAACACGUUCAUUUCAAUAUGUUCACGAUUUAGUAGAUGGUUUAAUUUUAUUAAUGAAUAAAGAUUAUACGGAACCAAUUAAUUUAGGAAAUCCAGAUGAAUAUACGAUACGAGAAUUUGCUGAAUUGAUUCGUAAUGAAGUCAAUUGUUCAUGCAAGAUUAAAACUUUACCUGCACCAACUGAUGAUCCUAGAAAACGAAAACCUGAUAUUACGAGAGCAGAACAAAUUCUUGGAUGGAAACCUCGAUGGCCAGUUAAACAAGGUAUAUGUGAAACAGUUAAAUAUUUCCAGAUGCAAAUGAAGGCGGAUUUAUUAUGA